GGUGGUGAGGAAGACGAGGUGGUGAGGAGGUGGUGAGGAGGUGGUGAGGAGGUGGUGACGAGGUGGUGAGGAGGUGGUGAGGAAGACAGCUGCCAUGGCGGCCCAUAAACCCACCGAGUGGGUGAGCGCGGUCAUACAGCGGUUUGAUGAGCAGCUGCCCAUCAAGGCGGGACUCCAGAACACUCACAGCAAAGUGAGCACGGAGCACAACAAGGAGUGUCUCAUCAACCUGUCCAAGUAUAAGUUCUCGCUGGUGGUGAGCGGACUCACCGCCAUCCUCAAGAACGUCAACAACUUGCGCUCACCUACUCGCUCAAACGCUCACCUACUUACUCGCUCACACGCUCACCUACUCACUCACCCACCCACUCACUCACUCAUCAACCUGUCCAAGUAUAAGUUCUCGCUGGUGGUGAGCGGACUCACCGCCAUCCUCAAGAACGUCAACAACUUGGGCAAGCGACAUGUCAAUGCUAGUGUGGAGAUGGAGCGGAAUCUGCAUCUCUCCCAGCUCAUCAUUCUGGACACGCUGGAGAAGUGUCUGGCAGGGCAGCCCAAGGACACGUCGCGUCUGGACGAGUCGAUGCUGGUGAAGCAGCUACUGCCCGAGAUCUGCCUCUUCAUCCACCAGCCGCGCGAGGGGCCGGCUCUGGCCGCCCAGCUGCGCUCCUCGGCAUCCAAGGUCCUCUUCUGCCUCUCGUGCAACAACUUCAACGCCGUCUUCAACCGCACGGCCACCAGGCUGCAGGAGCUCACCAACUGCACAGACGACGCAGCCGAUGUGAACGACAUUGAACUCAUUCAGCACAUCAACGUCAACUGCACUCGCCUCAAGAGGCUGCUGCACGAGACCGUGCUGAAGUUCAAAGCCCUGAGGAAGGUGGCUCAGCUGGCGGUGAUCACCAGCCUGGAGAAGGUGUUCUGGGUGUGGGUGGAGAACCACGCUGAUGAGUUCACCAACCUCUACCAGAGACCCCAGCCGGAGCUUGCGGAGAGUGCCCAGAAGCUCUUUGACCUGGUGGACGCGUUUGCCGAGAGCCCAAAACGCAAGGCGGCCGUGUGGCCCCUGCAGAUCGUCCUCCUCAUCCUGUGCCCGGACAUCCUCCAGGAGGUCAACGGAGACUUUGUGCAAGACAGCAACACCAACAAGAAACUCUUCCUAGAGAAUGUGCGACGUGCCCUCUCUGGCCACGGGACAAGCCGUCAGCUCACGGAGAGCGCCGCAGUGGCGAGCGUCAAGCUGUGUAAGGCGAGCACGUACAUCAGCUGGGAGGAUCACUCGGUCAUCUGUUUCCUCGUGCAGUCCAUCCUGCCUGACCUCAAGACGUUGCUCUUCAACCCGGCCCGGCCGUUCUCCCGUGGUGCCGGGAGUCUCAGUGCCGACCUGGACCUCAUGAUGGACUGCUUCAUCUCCUGCUUCCGCAUCAACCCUCACAACAACCAACACUUCAAGGUCUGCCUCUCCACGUCUUCGCCGGCCACGUUCCACUACGUGCUGGUGAACGCCCUCCAUCGCAUUAUCACCAACUCUCCGCUGGACUGGUGGCCCAAGAUCGACGUGGUCUACUGCUACUCCGGCGAGCUCCGUGCGAUGUUCUCGGACACGCUCAGCCGCGCCAUGCAGGGCUGCAACACCCACGCACCCAUACGCCUCACCACGAGCCUCACGCUCAGAGAGAAAGUGUCCAGUUUGAAGUUCAAGGAGAAAUCCUCCGACUCUGAGACUCUGAGCUACAAACUCCUCCUGCUGUCCAUCGUGAAACUCAUCCACGCAGACCCCAGACUCAUGCUGCAUAACCCCGGCAAGGCGGGUCACGAGAUCCAGGCUAGCACGGCCGAGCUGAUCACCGGCUUGGUGUCACUGGUGCCUCAGUGCGGCAUGCCGGACGUGGCACAGGAGGCCAUGGAGGCCCUGUUGGUGCUCCAUCAGCCGGAGAUCAUUGAACUGUGGAAUCCUGAUGCCCCCAUAGCCACCUUCUGGGAUAUCAGGUGA